AUGGCGAAAUUGAAACACACGAUUUGGAAUGUUUCUUCAAAUUUUGUUGCAAAUCGAUAUUUCUCACGUUUAUUAACGUAAGUUUUCAACUAAAAUUUUUUAUUAAUUUAUGUUGCAUUUAUUUUUGAACUUUUUUUCCAACGGAACAAUUUCAAUUUGCUUCUAAAAUAUGAGAUUCAGAAGAAACCAAAUUUAACAGUAAAUGUGAAUUUAUACUAUACACUUUCUAACAAUGUUAUUUUGCAAUGAACUGGAAAUGAAUUUUUGCCCAUAGUUCUCAGUGGUACAAUGUGUCUACAGAUUCAUUACUAAAUAAAACAAUAACAGAAAAUAUACCAGAUUCCAAAAGUGAUAUCAUCAUUACAGAUAGUUGUGUUCAACGUUUAAAGGAAAUUACAAAUAAUGAUGCUUAUUUAAGAGUUACAGUAGAAGGUGGAGGUUGUUCUGGUUUUCAAUAUAAAUUUGACUUGGAUACAAAUAUAAAUGAAAAUGAUAAAAUAUUUCAAAAAGAUGGUGCGAAAGUAGUUAUAGAUACAACAUCUUUAGAAUAUAUUAAAGGAUCAACAAUAGAGUAUCAUACAGAAUUGAUACGUUCCGCAUUUAGAAUAAUUAAUAAUCCUUUAGCUGAACAAGGUUGCAGUUGUGGUGCUAGUUUUUCUAUUAAAAUAUAA